UCCCUGUAGCUGAAUCACAGACCAAAGAGUUUCUGCUUUUAUUUAGUUCAAAUUAUCAGAUUCAAAAAGAUGAAUCCACCAGCCGAAUCUCUCCUCAAAUACGAUCGUCCAGUUUUGAUCAGGAAAAGCACUGACAGAAAAUCACCAAAGGGGCGCCCUUUAAAAGUGAGUCCACAGCAGGUGGGGGAAUGGUCUACCCCUGUUCCACCACCUCCAAAAUCCAAACCCACCUCUACUGACACCACCAAGCAGGAAGAUGAGGAGAUCCUAAACGCCAUCCUUCCACCCAGGGAAUGGACUGAAGGAACCCAGCUGUGGGUGCAGAAAGUGUCCAGUGCACCUUGUACAAGAACAGAUGUUAUUGACCUAGAGGAGCUCCUGGACACAAAGCUGUACCAAAGGCAGGCCAGACAGACAGGAAUCUGCCCUGUCUGCAGGGAGCUCUAUUCUCAGUGCUUUGAUGAGCUCAUCAGACAGGUGACCAUCAGGUGUGCUGAGAGCGGCCAGCUGCUCUCGCGGGUCAGAGAUGAGAUUCAAAUGACUAUUCCUGUCUGCCAGACUCUGUAUGAAAGCGGUGUGGCCUUUGGUAUGAGGAAAGCCCUUCAGUCAGAGCAGGGAAAGGUUGACAUGGAGAAAAAGAUUACUGAUCUUGACGAUGAGAAACUGGAGCUGAAGAAGCAACUGAACGAACUCAAGUCUCAAUGUGAUGCCAUUGAAAAACAAGACACUGAAAGCGGACAGAUUGAAGAAAAGAUGCACGAGGAAGAGAUCCAGUUCCUCAAGAGAAGCAACCUGGAGCUCAAGGUGACGUUUCAAGACUUCAUACCACAGAAAUAUAUCUUCCCCCUGCACUUGUUCCUGUAGUGGAUGUGGUUAUGAUGUUAAUAUUCUUAUUUUGUUUUCCUCUUUAGACCCAACUGCAAAUGAUCCUCACACCAAAGAAGUAACACCACCAUCAAUAACAGAGUGGCCGUUUGACUGCACACAAUGUGACAUUUUUCUUGUUUCUAAAUAUCUAUCAAAGUAAAUUCCCCACAGUGUAAUCAGAAA